CCUGCAUAGGCCGGCUGUAAGUCGACGGAAAGCGCUCCGAUGGUGACCUGCGUCAACAUCAACAUUGCUUGUAGCGUUCCCUUCCUGUUUUGAUGAGCCAUUCAUUCCCACAUGUUCUACGGCUGGUCACCGGAGACCAGAAUAAUGCAGACAAGCUUCAUUUGUCGAGCAGCUAUUUCCAUCGCGAAUACUACGGUACCAAACGGUUAAUGUAGCCGGAGCUAUGAUUCCACCCCGGUGAUUGACGACGGCGUGCAUCUCCAAACCUUACCGGCGAAGCAGUUAAAGGUAGCAGAAUACUCUGCUUCGGACUGAUAAACUGGCUGUUAUAACCAUGGACCUCACACUUUCUGACCUGGUUCACUUUGGGUCAGUCAUCCUCUUUGGCGCCAUUCCCAUACUGCAAUUCUUCAUAUUCAAUCCCAUGAUGUGGAUCAUCCGCACCUGCUUCACCAUUAUCACCACAGUACUAUACAUCGUUUCAUUGCCAAUCCGGGUACCUUUCAACAUGCUUGUUACACCGAUACGAUACUUCAUGUCCAUAAUGGACGAGCUAACACCACUUUUCCUCUGGCUAAGCAACGCCGUGAUAAUCGGCAUCACAGCCGGCGGCUGCAUCGCGCUGAUGACAAUGGGCAUCAUGAGCGCGCUGCACCGCCUUUUCCCACAGCUCCGGCCACGCCCAGAACCACGACGACGAGCCCAACGGCGAGCCCGCUUGCCAGCAGCAGUACCGUCAGCAGCGACCGCCGUUAGUAGUCCCGAUAUUAGCAGUAGCAGCAGCCCCACUAGGAUCAGCGAUGAGCUAGACGGCGCCGCCGCCUCGGACGACGAUUCCGGGCCGGCAGGGGCGCGCGGCGGUAGGGGCAGGGGCAGUGGAAGCGGCUUGCGCUGGCGGAGGGCGACGACCGCGCCGCUGGCGGCGAAGUCUGCGGGUCGUCGGAGAGCGCCCGACGUUUUGGUCGACGACACCAUCCAUGAAGAGGAGUCAUCCGAGUAGCAGACGGUGACCGAGUCGGGGCCAGCGACGGGUAGCCUUGCGGAGAGUGCUCGUGGGGGAAGCAGUCGUGGCCGGAGGAGUCGUGGCCGGAGGGGUGGUGGGCGAGCUAGCCGUGGGGAGAGCAGUCGUGGAGGGGGCAGUCCCGGAGUAUGAUUGAUUAAUGGCGUUCUUGGUUCAGCGAAUAUCGGCCGGUCGCAUUAACAUGAGGGAUGUCGGGUGCAAGCGCUGAUGGGAGGAUGCAUUGUAAUACUAGUAUAGCCAGCCGUAUAGGUAAUCGCAGCGGAUGCAGAUGGGGUGCCAGGCAAGCCAUGGGAUCCGCGCCGAUUGUGAACCGCGGUAUCAUUAAGCAUAGUU